CUGUAAAUCUUUUUUCUUUCUCUCUCGCAAAGACAAAAAAGCAUUCCCAAUUAACAAAUCUAGAAAUCAAAACUCAGACAACCACCGAUAACAAGACAGUCGUUUCUCUCUCUCUUUUAAACAAAUAAAAAUUGGAACUUUUUUCCUCUGUCUUCUCAAAAAGUUUCCGCUUUUUGCUCGCUGGAGAAGAAAGAAAGAAAGAAGUGAAAAGGAAUCAUUACCAUGGCUGAUCCGGCGAUUAAGCUCUUUGGAAAGACGAUUCCUUUACCUGAGCUUGGUGUUGUUGAUUCUUCUUCUAGCUAUACCGGAUUUUUAACCGAAACUCAGAUUCCUGUUCGGUUAUCAGAUUCGUGUACCGGCGAUGAUGAUGAUGAAGAGAUGGGUGAUUCCGGUUUAGGACGAGAAGAAGGUGAUGAUGUUGGUGAUGGUGGAGGAGAGAGCGAGACUGAUAAAAAGGAAGAAAAAGAUAGUGAGUGUCAGGAAGAGUCAUUGAGGAAUGAAUCUAAUGAUGUUACUACUACUACAUCGGGUAUAACUGAAAAAACGGAAACAACAAAAGCUGCAAAGACGAAUGAAGAGUCAGGUGGUACUGCUUGCUCUCAAGAGGGGAAGUUAAAGAAACCUGAUAAGAUUCUACCGUGUCCGCGAUGUAACAGCAUGGAAACCAAGUUCUGUUACUACAACAACUAUAAUGUUAACCAACCUCGCCAUUUCUGCAAGAAAUGUCAGAGAUAUUGGACAGCUGGUGGAACGAUGAGGAAUGUUCCGGUUGGUGCUGGGAGACGUAAGAAUAAGAGUCCAGCUUCUCAUUAUAACCGUCAUGUAAGUAUAACAUCUGCGGAAGCUAUGCAGAAGGUGGCGAGAACUGAUCUUCAACAUCCUAAUGGUGCAAAUCUUCUCACUUUUGGCUCUGAUUCUGUGCUUUGUGAAUCUAUGGCUUCUGGAUUGAAUCUUGUUGAGAAGUCAUUGUUGAAGACACAAACUGUAUUGCAAGAACCCAAUGAAGGCUUGAAGAUUACGGUUCCGUUAAACCAGACAAACGAAGAAGCUGGAACAGUCAGCCCGUUACCAAAAGUUCCAUGCUUUCCAGGACCACCACCAACUUGGCCUUACGCUUGGAACGGAGUUUCGUGGACGAUUUUACCGUUUUACCCUCCACCGGCUUACUGGAGCUGCCCGGGGGUUUCACCGGGGGCAUGGAACAGCUUCACAUGGAUGCCACAACCCAAUUCACCAUCUGGUUCCAAUCCAAAUUCUCCUACACUAGGUAAACAUUCACGUGACGAGAACGCUGCUGAACCAGGAACCGCUUUUGAUGAAACCGAGUCACUUGGUAGGGAGAAAAGCAAACCCGAGAGAUGCUUGUGGGUUCCCAAGACGCUGAGGAUUGAUGAUCCAGAGGAAGCUGCUAAAAGUUCCAUCUGGGAAACAUUAGGGAUCAAAAAAGACGAAAAUGCGGAUACUUUCGGAGCUUUCAGAUCAUCAACCAAAGAAAAAAGCAGUCUUUCUGAAGGAAGACUUCCGGGAAGAAGACCGGAGUUGCAAGCGAAUCCUGCUGCUCUUUCUAGGUCAGCAAACUUCCAUGAGAGCUCAUAGAAAGAAGAAGAAUCUAAGCAGCUGAUUUGAUUGUUUUUGGGUUCAGUCUUGUGUUCCAAGAAAGCAGGUGAGUCCUUUUGUACAUAUAGCUAUAUAUACACACACAUGUUUGUGUAUAUAUAUAUAAUGGUUGACAUAGUGAGGGAUAAGUAGUUUUUGGAUUGCAGAGUGAAAGUUUGUUGUAUCAUAAAUGAAAAAACCUCAAAACUGUAGUUAAAUAAAUGUAUCUUGCAUGAAUAACUUAUUUUCCCUAUCAUGACAUUGUAUGUUCACAGACAAAUUCAAACAAGUUUAAAGGAACGUUUAUAGUUAUCCACAUGAUGUAUGAUUCUCAGAAUCUUGAGAGUGAUCUAACUUAUUGGACUUCAGUAGUAGUGGCAGCAACAAGCUUGUUUUCGGCAUCCGCGGAGGAGCGAACCACUGUCUUCAACUUCUUAGAUGACCGCGAUGUCAAGUGUUUACCAUGGUAAAUCAGGUUUGCUUUAGUAGAUGUGUAGUCAUUCUUAUAACCAGUCCAAAAAUCACCCAACAAAGACAUGAACCAAGUCUCGAAAAAGCAAGCCGCGAUCACCAAUACUGCGAAAAUAACGCAAACACAGCUUCUUCACUGCAAGCAAAUGGUCAUGGUUGAUGCAUGAAUGGAGAGUCUAUUGACAACAUACAUAAGCAAAAGCAAUGUGGUAGAUGC